AUGUACUCUCUCACCUUCAUCUCCCACGUGGACAGUCUUUCGUCGCAAGACCACGCAGAUAUUGAAAGCUUCGUCACAUCGAAACUCAAUGUGACGGUGGUGUCCAAAAAACAGCUUUCUCCGGAGAGAGUGGUGGAUUACUUGGUUCAAACUAACGUUCCAGAUAUGAUCGUUUCUAUGAUCAAAAGAGAACGCGAGGAGAACAAGCCGGCCUACGAUAUCAUUUUCCAAGUUGCAGAAGAAAGAAAAAACAAGAAGUUGUUCAUUUUCGACAUGGACUCGACGCUUAUCUACCAAGAGGUGAUCGAGCUCAUUGCAGCCUACGCCGAUAUCGAAGAUAAGGUUGCUGAGAUCACGGAGAGAGCCAUGAAUGGUGAGUUGGACUUCAACGAGUCUUUGAGCGCCAGGGUGAUGCUCUUAAAGGGUAUCGAUGCCACCACGCUUUGGGAUGAGUUGAAGGAGAAGCUUCAGGUGACCAACGGUGCACCACAGCUCUGUAAGGCUUUGAAGAAGUUGGGAGUAGUGAUGGGAGUCUGUUCUGGAGGUUUCAUUCCAUUGGCUAGCCACAUCAAAGAACAGUUGGGCUUGGACUAUGCAUAUGCCAAUACCUUAGGUGUAGAUGACGAGUGCCGUUUGGACGGUACGACCAUUGGGUACGUUGUUAAUGGCGAUAAGAAGGCAGAGCUCCUUCUCGAAAUUGCAGCCAAGCAUGGUAUCGAUCCUAAGACUGCCGUCGCUGUUGGUGACGGUGCUAACGAUUUGAAGAUGAUGAGCGUGGGUGGCUGGGGUGUGGCUUGGAAUGCUAAGCCAAAGGUCCAGAAUGAGGCUCCGUGCUGCUUGAAUUCCAAGUCUUUGGAGGAUAUCUUGUACAUUAUGGGAUACACCCAGAGUGAGAUUGCUUCAUUGACGAGCUGA